CUUUUUUUAGCGGCACACCAUGAUUCCUGCUUUGAUGUCAUCCUCCUUGGUUUAGUCCCAGGAAGUACAACUAUUCACAGUUCUGACAUUCUGGUGGAAGCAGCUCGAAUUUUGAAGCCGGGGGGUACAGUGAUCAUUCAGGAGCCUGUGGAUCUCCAGGCCGGUCAUGGCACCAGUCUGCGGUCUUCGGCCCAGCUCUCCUCCGCUCUCACCCUUUCUGGGAUGACCAGCGUGACACAGAUUCUGAAUGUAGCCCUGACAGGCGGACAGACACAACAUGUGAAGGAAACUCUCGGCUACUCUGGGACUAGCCUGGCCGCCGUCAGACUCCAAGCUACAAAACCCAACUAUGAAAUCGGAUCUUCACGACCGCUGGCACUUCCCAAACGCCCUGUGACAGAAGGAAGGCCGGCUGUAGAUCCAGCUGCAGUGAAACUCUGGACGCUUUCAGCAAAUGAUAUGAAUGACGAAGACUUGGAUCUCUUGGACUCGGAUGAUCUUCUGGAUCAGGAUGACAUGAAGAAGCCCCUCCCCUCCACACUGAAAGCCCCGGGCUGUGGAGAAGGCACUGAGAAGAAACGCAAGGCCUGCAAGAACUGUACAUGUGGAUUAGCAGACGAACUGGAAGAGGAAAAGAAGAAAUCUGACUCCACACCUGCCCCAUCAGCAUGUGGCAAUUGUUAUCUCGGAGAUGCGUUCCGGUGCGCCAGUUGCCCGUAUCUUGGAAUGCCAGCAUUCAAACCGGGUGAGAAGAUUCUACUGAAUCCCAAGCAGCUCCAGGAUUCCUCAUUGUGA